AUGACACGGACGCUGGAGAUCAAGAUAACACACGCCGAGCCGCCCCUCACCACCGAGGCGCCCCUCACCACCGAGGACGGAGAGACGCUCACGAUGACCAAGCUACAAGCUCUGGCCGCCUCCCUGCUCCCCGACAAGACCGACUUCUCGAUGCGCUACACCGACUCGGACGGCGACCAAGUGACGCUCACCACCGACGCCGACGUGAACGAGCUCGAGAAGUACAUGCAGAGCGAGCAGCUGCAGACCCUCGAGGUGCUGGUCGAGCCGCGGCAGCCGCCGACCUCCCACCGCGCCGCCACCGCCGUGCACACGCAACUGCGCGGCCUCGUGACGGCCAUGUCCAAGUUGACGGCCAAGACCGACGCCAACCCCACGCCCACCAGCGCCGUGAACCUGCUCGUCGCGAGUCUGCACGCCAUGGACGUGGCCGAAGACGCAGCCGAGCUCGCGGCCAUCAAGACAGAGCUGCUGCUGGUGCUGCAAGAUGACGAGUUCCGCAGCGCCGUCCAGGAGCUGAGCGCCUCAGAAGAUUUCAAGGAGCUCGCGCACGCCAUGGUGAUGGCCAUCUACGGCCAAGACGCGCAGGCCAUCGAGGACGCGGCCACGGCGCGCUUCGACGAGCUGCUGGCCUUCGCUCAGAUCAUCUCGCUCAUGGCUGGCUUGGUGCGCUACAACGACGAAGAUGUCAACGGCGACGACGCAGCGUCGGACUCGUCCAGCUGCAGCAGCCGCUCCAGCAGUUGCUGCAGCGACGACGACGACGACGACGACGACCACGAGACGGUGGACGUCGAAGUGUUCGCAGAGCAAGUGCCGCUGCACAUGGGCGUCAUCUGCAAUGGAUGCGAGACAGCUCCGCUCGUGGGGGUCCGCUACAAGUCGCUCGAGGUGCCGCACUUCAACCUGUGCGAGGACUGCGAAGCCAGUGGCAACUACAUGCGCUACGAGCCGUUCAUCAAGAUCACGGACCCGUCGCGCGCGCCCAAGCAGAAGCGCACCUCCGACCUCGUGCAUCCGUACGUGACGUGCGACGGCUGCGAGAUGAGCCCCAUCGUGGGCGUCCGCUUCAAGUCCGACACGAAGGACGACUUCGACCUGUGCGAGGCCUGCGAGGCGGGCGGCAAGUGGACCGAGUCGCACGGGCCAUUCACCAAGAUCGAGGAGCCCAGCAUGAUGCGCGCGCUCAAGUUCACGUGCCGUCGAGGCGGCAAGUUCGGACACCACGGCACGCUCGGCCACCACCACCAUCAUGGGCACGGCCGUCGUCACGGCUGCGACGGGAAGUUCGGCCAUCACCAUGACGACCACCACCACCGUCAUCACGGCAAGUUUGGUCAUGGUGGCCGACACCAUGGCGGCAAGUUCGGCCGUCACGGUCACCGCCACCACCACGGCCCUCCCGACUUUGUCUUCCACGGCCCAUCAUUCUCAAACCACGAUGGUCCUCGGGGAUUCCCUGGCCAUGGCCCGCCAUGCCACAACGAAGGCCACUCGGAGUUUUUCGGACAUGGCCGACCGGACUUUCGUGGACACCAUGGCCACGGCCCUCCCGACUUUGUCUUCCACGGCCCAUCAUUCUCAAACCACGAUGGUCCUCGGGGAUUCCCUGGCCAUGGCCCGCCAUGCCACAACGAAGGCCACCCGGAGUUUUUCGGACAUGGCCGACCGGACUUUCGUGGACACCAUGGCCACGGCCCUCCCGACUUUGUCUUCCACGGCCCAUCAUUCUCAAACCACGAUGGUCCUCGGGGAUUCCCUGGCCAUGGCCCGCCAUGCCACAACGAAGGCCACCCGGAGUUUUUCGGACAUGGCCGACCGGACUUUCGUGGACACCAUGGCCACGGCCCUCCCGACUUUGUCUUCCACGGCCCAUCAUUCUCAAACCACGAUGGUCCUCGGGGAUUCCCUGGCCAUGGCCCGCCAUGCCACAACGAAGGCCACCCGGAGUUUUUCGGACAUGGCCGACCGGACUUUCGUGGACACCAUGACCACGGCCCUCCCGACUUUGAGGGCCGUCAUCGCCACCAUGGACCCCCUCGAUUUGGUCCUCCUGGCCACUUCGGCCGCUUUGGGCCAUCGCCUUUUGACUUCACGGAUCCGCGCGGCCCGCCGAUGUGUCCACGCGACUUCGAGCACGGCCGUCCACCAUUCCCCGAGCACCGCGGUUUCCACCGACACCACGGACGCCACACGCGGUUCUCGGAUGAGGGGGAAACUGACGAAGAGCAGGAAGGUCGUUGCCACGGACGCCGACACGCCUGGCACGGGCGUGGGCGCGGACGCGGACGCUGGAGCCAUGACACCACAGACGAAGAAGCAAGUUCCACUCAGGAGAUCCGUGACGCUGCCGCCCGCAACAACCUCGCGACCGAUGAGAACAUGGAGGUUGAAGACACCACCAACGUUCAAGUCGAGGCGAGUGGUGAGAACAUAGGCGCCGCGGAGACAGAGGGCAAGGCGAACUACAGCGAGACGCUGGCGCAACUGGCAUCCAUGGGCUUCGACGAUGUGGAGAAGAAUAUCCGCGCUCUAGAGCUGGCCAACGGAAACGUGGGCGGGGCCGUGAACGUUCUUUUGUCGGAGUGA